CUGAGCUAGUUGUUAUUUAUCAGCUAAAUAUCGUUUUCUCGUUUGAUACUCCAUACUUUAAUUCAGCUGCUGGUUUGCUCUCUUUACGGAAGUACUUGAGCAACUCGACUAUGCUCGCAGUUUUAUUUCCCCUCUUCCCCGUUUUAGUUAAUAAGCCCACCUGUCAAAUUGAGCUAGCCGGUUAGCUUUUGGUAGCUAGCCAGUGUGUAAAGCAGAAAGCAGGUGGGCGAGAUUAUGCAACGCUCACAGUUUUAAUGUCAACUUCAUAACGUCAGGACCAGGAUUAGGAUCAUUCAUGGCAGCUCGGCAGCCCUUCACAGACUCGGAUACUGCCGAUGAAGCAGUGAGGGCGACGUGUGACGAUGCAACCACAUGUAAAAGGUUUGCUAGCAGUAAAAACUACUGGAAGGACCCUUAUAUCCAAUACUUUGUGAGAUCAGUAGGUGAAAGGAAGGCACCUGAAAUCAACAGAGGUUACUAUGCCCGUGUCCAAGGAAUGAACCAUCUCCUUGACGCGUUCAUCAGAAAAACAGAAUGUGACUGUCAAGUAAUCAACCUGGGUGCUGGACUGGACACUACGUUCUGGAGAUUAAAGGAUGAAAACAUCAUGCCACGGAAGUUUUUUGAAGUUGACUUUCCAACUGUUGUGGCCAGGAAAAUACACAAUAUAAAGACAAAACCACCUCUGUCCAAACCUCUCAUCGAAACCCACUCAACAGACUCCUUACUAUUAGAUGCCCACAGCCUGGACUCAGACCGGUACUGUAUCAUCGGAGCAGACCUCAGAGAUGUCUCUAAUUUGAAUGAGAAGCUGAAGAAGUUCCAGCUCAACCCAGAAUUACCCACACUGCUCCUGUCAGAGUGUGUGAUGGUUUACAUGACGCCCAGCCAGUCCUCCAAUCUCGUUCACUGGGCGGCGGAGACCUUUCACACCGCCAUGUUCAUCAACUACGAACAGGUGAACAUGAGCGACCGCUUUGGCCAGGUGAUGGUCGAGAACCUGCAGCGUCGUCAGUGCACAUUGGCAGGAGUAGAAGCCUGCCAGUCUCUGGAUUCUCAGAGGGAUCGCUUCCUGAAGACUGGCUGGGAGCACGCUGAUGCCCUUGACAUGAUGACCGUCUAUAGUAUGCUUCCCCAGGAUGAUGUGGCAAGAAUUGAGCGACUGGAGUUUCUUGAUGAGAAGGAGUUGUUGCAACAACUUCUUCAACACUACAGUAUCUGCUGGGCUACCAAGGACAAACUCAAUCUGGGGCUGUCACAGUUGGCAUUUUGAGGGUGAAAACUGCUCCGCUGUCGGGACAAGUUCGACAUGUAUGUUCGCCAAAAUCAACAGCAGGACAACAUGCGUAAAAGGAGAUGUGGAAAAGAGGAAGUCCAUAUUCUUCAUUUAACCCUCGUUGGGGAGUUAUUCCGGUGUGAAAAUCUUGGCAUCAGCAGAAAGUAUUUUCAUGAGCAUCCUUUGUAACCCUUGUAUGGUCACAGUGCAGGUUGAAGAUAAGAGAUGAUUAGGUUAAGAACUGUGAGAGGUUCGUCCUUACACUGGCACUGAAUUAAAAACCUCAAAAUGGAUCAAGUUUGAUUUUGUUUUUUGAAAAUUGCUUACAGACAAACUUCUCCACAAUUAUUAUUUCAAAACCUACUCAUCAGUGUUGGAUGAUUGAAGAAUGUAUCACGUUUUAAGAAUUUUAGAUGUCAUAUGAUUGUCAUUGCCUGGUUUUUAUGUGCCAUUUUAAUUGUAUUUAUUGAUCAACAGUACCUCCCCAAAAAACCCAGAAACAUUUUCUUAUAAAAAUAUUCAUGCAUGCAGAUUUUUUCUUUUUCUUAUUAAAUUGCAACAUACAUUACAUACAACUACUGGUUGCCUGUGGAAAUGUUUAUUCUUGCCCCUAGUUUUCCAACAGCAAAGAUGACAUGGCAA